GCACCGCCCAUCUCUUCACCAGUCGCAUAGCAACAACCAGUCGUCCAUCAUGGCCUCACGAUACCCAGGCGAAGGCCUCUUCGCGCACUUCCCGCCACCGGCCGAAUGUCUCGCCAUCCUCGUCGGCUGCUCCGAACUCAUCAUCUCUGGUAUCGGCGGUCUCUCAGACGCGAAGGCCUUCGGUAAAGGCUACGGCCUCGAAAUCGACGCGGUCGAAGACGAGAACAAAGCUUUAACUCAGAACCAAAAGACGCAAAAGGGUCUGGUGCAAGCUGUAUCGUUCAGGAAUAUUCAGAAUGGAGCUCUGAUCUUGACGCUGGCAUGUUAUACGCGCGAUCGAAGGUCGCUGGGGUUUGCGGUGCUGUAUGGCGCUUUGAGCUCGUUGGCUGAUGCCGCGAUUGUGAAGAAGUAUGGAUAUGAAGCGUUGGCUUCGGCACAUGGGAUCACAAUGAUCAACUACCUGGCAGUUGGAGCUUCGUUGCUGUAUUGGGGUAGGAACGACCCGUGGCCCUUUACGAGGUCAUGAGCGGACUCGGUAUAGCGCGCGGAACAGUUGGAUGCUCAAGGCGAGAAG